AUGUUGCUGAAAGUCCUGACCGACUUCCUUCGCACUCCCCCCUCCCCUCCCAGGUCUCUGGGCGGACCCCCCUCCCUCAGGUAUGCCAAGGUGUGCUAUCACUUCGUGGCCCGCAACCCCAACGAGCUCUCCGUCACCCAGGGAGAUAUCUUGGAGAUCCUGGGGCAGGAUAAGAACUGGUGGUGUUUGAGGAGUCGUAGUGGUCAGGAGGGAUACGUCCCCUGCAACAUCCUCAAGGCUACAGACCAACCGCCCCAACGCAGGAGCCCAGGAACUCUCAUCUCACAGCCUCCACAGCAGAGUAAGGCCCAUGCUUCCAGUGUGCCAGUGAGUCCGUACCCGCCCACCGCCCCCAUCACCAGCGUGCCCGUCACUGCCCCCGUGAGCGUGCACGUAAGCCCACCAGUGAGUGCGCCAGUGAAUGCACCAGUGACAUCAGUGGCCGUGAGCGGAGCCGAGCGAAUAGGGAGGUCCCGGUCACCACAGCCACCCGACAGUCGUACGCAGGUGAAUGACGAGCUUCUCCAGCGGAUUACGUCCAAUAAGAGUACAGCUCCGGCGCGUAACUAUCGCGUGGACCCGCCCACCUCCUUCCCCACCCCCCUCACAGAUCAAUCGGAGGCCUGGGAAGUCAAGACAUGGCUCAAUGCCAAGGGCUUCAGCAAGAUGACGGUGAGCUGUCUGGGUAUUCUAUCAGGAGCUCAGCUGUUCUCUCUGACUAAAGAUGAACUGAAAGCAGUGUGUGGAGACGAAGGAUCACGAGUAUACAGCCAAGUCACUGUACAGAAGACACAACUAGAGCAGUUCCAGGGCACCACGGAACUGGAGGUGAUCAUGAGGAGACGACAGGAGGAGGUGGAUGCCUUCACAUACUGA